AUGGAGGAGGUUAUCGAGAAUCCUGAUAGAAUAGAAAUCGAGGUUACUGAUGUUACUAAUGUAAUAAAACCCUUCAAGUUUACUAAGGAUACGUCUAAAUCAAGUCUUACCAUAUUAAAUCAAUCAAUUGAAAACAUAGACAUUCACGAAAUUUGGAAUAACACCACUUUACAUAUAUGUGCUGAUGGAGGGGCUAACAGAUUAUAUGAAUAUGGAGGAGAUAAGAGAUCAGAAUUCAUUCCAGAUUUCAUAGUUGGAGACUUGGAUCUGAUAACAGACGAAGUGAAAGAUUAUUACAAAAAACAAGGAACUAAAAUAAUACCACAAUUGAGCCAGUAUGCAAGUGAUUUCAUGAAAUCUAUGAGUUUGAUCCUAUUAUAUUUCAACGGGGUUGAGAUUGUGGAUGUCGAUGAAUAUGACGGAUUAUCGAAAUUAAUGAAUCAGUUGAAUGACAAACAUCUUGUCAAUAUAAAUUCUUAUAUUUUGAAUGGAUUAGGAGGAAGAUUCGAUCAAUCGAUUCAUUCUAUAAAUCAAAUCCAUAUCUUGAAUCAGCAAUAUCCCACCUUAAAAAAUGUCUUCAUCAAUGAACAAGAUAUUGUAUUCAUGAUCCCCAAAGGUCGAAAUUUAAUAGGUUACAAUUCAAUAUCAGAUUUUUAUAAGGGAAAUAAAUUUCCAGUAAUAGGGUUGUUACCUUUUAGUCCUUGUAUUAUCAGCUCAUGGGGGUUGAAAUGGGACGUGAGGAAUUGGAAAAGUAGUAUGAAUGGUAAGGUUAGUUCGAGUAACGGUAUAGUAUCAACCAAUGGGGUUAUAAUAGAAUGUGAUGAGGAUUUAGUAGUUAAUAUUGAAAGAUGA